AUGCCACCUUAUCUAUCACCAGAAUGUCUUCACAAUAUUUUAAUUAAUCUUCAAUAUGACUGCAAAACUCUUCAUUCGUGUCUUUUUGUCAAUAGGGAUUGGUGUGCUAACGUAGUUCCAGUCUUGUGGAAAAAGCCAUUAAACCUUGCAGGCUUGAAGUCACGUUUGACUAUGAAUGAUUUUUCUAGUGGCCUCAUCAUUCGAACAUAUAUUUCCUGCAUCUCGCUUGAUUCAUUCCCGUUAUUUGAUUAUCCAUCGUUUCUAAAGGAAUUGGAUUUUGAGGAACUUUAUGAUGGAAUCUCCAAUUUCAUUUCAACCUAUUCUACCGAAAAUACAGGCGAGAAGCUUACAUUACCUGAAGAUUAUCAAAAAAUUUCUUUGAUCAAGAAGACUUUGGAUCUAAUUUUCAAAAGGUGCUACCGACUUGAUUACAUCUACUUAGAUGUUGGAAGGUUACCGCCGGUUUUUUUCAAUAUCUUAAAUGAAUUAUGUGAACAAAUUAAUCCCAUUUGUCUACAAAAUUUGGAUUUUUUGGAUUAUCGAGGAAUUGAUGAUAGUUAUGCAUGUUAUGAAGAUUUUUUUGAUCCUUUAUAUACACUAUCUAAAGUUUGUAAGAACAUUACAUACAUGAACAUUAAAUUAUUCGGGGUUCCUAUAAGUGAUGGGAUAGUAUUGUUGAUUCGAGCUCAAAGGAAUUUACAGAAAAUCUUUUUAUGGGAGUGUAACCUUCGAGACAUGUCCAAAGUCAUGAAUUCACUGGGAAGUCAAGCUAAACAUCUGAAGAAAGUCGGUAUAUAUCACUGCUCUUUCGAAUAUUGCGAACCACUUCAAGGGUUGGCCAAAUGUCGGAAUUUAACGACACUUUCAAUUAGGCAAUGUGAUUUUGUAACUUCCGCUCUCUUGCACCCACUAGCGCUUACCAGAUUUUCUCACAUAAAAAAAUUGGAACUUUAUUAUUUUAAUCCAUCCUUGACGUAUAUGAAUUCAGAGGAUGUACCGACGGAGCAAGUUCAGGAAAUUAUCAAGAAUUGCAACAAAAAUCUCGAACAACUCAUUGUCAAUCUCAGUCACGAUCAAUAUUUUGAAAUUAUUGAAUCCAUCGCGACAAAUUGUCCUUCCAUUACAACUCUAGAAUUGAAUUUGCAAAACGAAGAACAAAUUCCAAAACUUCUUCCCAUACUGAAAGCUUGCACAAAAUUAACGAAAUUGAUGAUUCACCCAUUGGAACCUUCAAGAUUUAUUCGAGUCUCUACUUCUGUCAUCCGGUGGUUCAUCUCAAACUUACCGUUGGGAAUCUCACAUCUAGAUCUUAAAAGAUGGUCAAUAAAUCCCGAAUCAUUAGGCAUUCUUUUAAACCAUGGCCCCGAUCUCAAAUAUCUUUCUUGGGGAUUUUCCGAUAUCGACCCUACUGUCGUUACUGUCAUUGGAAAAGGCACAUUGUUUUCCGGAAUAAUUAACGACCAUAUCAAGAAACGAUCAAAAGAAAUCAGGAGGUUCGGUAUUAUUGAUAUUUAUGUACAUGAUGGAAUAAAUGAUGGAAGCAGUUUUUUGGAAUUUUUAUGA